GUAAAAUCAUCAUGAGCUCAACAACAAAGCCGAAACACUCGGUAAAAGUGCCGACACAAUAUAAAGUUACAGCUAAAAUAUUAAAAGCAGCACUUCAGAAGCAAAAAUCAGUUCGUACGCUAAUAUUCGAGGAGAAGCAUGCGCGCACAAGCAGCCUUCACGGCGUUCUAAGGAAUUACAGUAACAAUAUUGGCGCCAUCAAUAACGCCAUCGAAGAGACUGGCAUUCUUAAGGACAAUCCACGGCUAGACCCGGAGCUCUGCAAAGUGCUAGUUACGGAGCUAAUUUUCGGGCGGAAGCAACUAACCGGCGGUGGCUGCAAACCUGUGCAAACGGUGCUCGAGUACAAGGAGCGUCUGGAGAAGGCUGUCAGCGGCGUUGAAGUGAAGAAGCAAGGACAGCAUCCGCGCUAUGUUCGCGUCAACACCAAUCUGCUCAGUGUGGCCGACGCACUGGACUAUCUGGCAGACUCGGAAUGGCGGAAGAAAUUGCUGCCCAGCGACAUCACGUAUCCAGAUUUCUUGAUAGCCAUACGCGCUUUGGAAGAAGAUGAAUUUCUCGUGGAUAUUCACGUUGACUCCAUGCUGAUAUUCCAUCCCAAACAGGCAUGUUACUGGGCCACGCAUGAUAUGGUGCGCUCCAAGAAGUUUAUCCUACAGAACAAGGCGACAUGUCUGGUCGCCGAACUGUUGGCUCCGCCAUCUGGUGCCACUGUGUUGGAUAUGUGUGCAGCACCGGGCAUGAAGACUUUACAUAUCUGCAAUGUUAUGCAGAACAAGGGAUGCAUAUAUGCCGUAGAACUUAGCAAGGACCGCUACAAAACUCUGCUCAACACCAACGAGGAGGGUGGCUGUAGUAUUGUGAAGACUUUUAAUGCGGAUGCCCUAGCCAUGAAUGCAGAGCAGCUGCCUAACGUGGAAUAUAUUCUUGUGGAUCCCAGCUGCUCGGGCAGUGGCAUGCAAAGUCGCAUGGACUUUGGCGAAAAUAAGAAGGACGAUAAGCGUUUGAAUAAGCUGGCUGGAUUGCAAAUCAAAAUACUCUCCCAUGCCAUGGGAGCAUUUCCCGAUGUCAAGCGCAUUGCUUACUGCACAUGCUCAUUGUGGAAGGAGGAGAACGAGCAGGUGGUGCAGCGCUGCUUGCAACUUAAUCCACAGUUCAAGCUACUUAGCUGCAAGAAGGCUUUACGCAACAGGUGGGUAAACGUGGGCAGCAGUGACUACAAGGGAAUUGGCAAUAAAUGCUUGUAUUCGCAACCUGAGCACGACUUGACCGAUGGAAUCUUCAUAGCCUUAUUCGAGAAGCGGCGGGAUGGGCAGGGUGAAGAAUGAAGAAAGGAUCGUUUUUUAAAUAAUGUAGUUUUAAAUGCUUUAUUCGAUUUUUGAACAUUAGUAAUAAAGACUUCAUAGAGAUAA